AAAGCAGGAUGUGGAGGGUAUUCCAAUAUCCCGGACAGGAGCGGUACACCAGCGUUGCAGUGUCAGUUCAAAACCAAAUGAGGUGUCAAAGCCCCAGAAAUGACGCUUUCAAGUACAUGACAGACACAAAGCAGGAUGUGGAGGCUGUGCCAAUAUCCCCGACCAGUGCGGUACACCAGGGUUGCAGUGUCGGUUCAAAACAUGAUGAGGUGUCAAAGCCCCAGAUAAAUGACGCUUUCAAGCACAUCACUGAUGGCGUGCAGGAAGAUGUGGAGGCUGUGCCAAUAUACCCGACCAGUGCGGUACACCAGGGUUGCAGUGUCGGUUCAAAACCAAAUGAGGUGUCAAAGCCCCAGAUAAAUGACGCUUUCAAGCACAUGACUGACACAAAGCAGGAUGUGGAGGCUGUGCCAAUAUCCCCGACCAGUGCGGUACACCAGGGUUGCAGUGUCGGUUCAAAACAAGAUGAGGUGUCAAAGCCCCAGAUAAAUGACGCUUUCAAGCACAUCACUGACACAAAGCAGGAUGUGGAGGCUGUGCCAAUAUCCCCGACCGCAGCUGUACAUCAGGGUUGCAGUGUCGGUUCAAAACAAGAUGAGGUGUCAAAGCCCCAUAUAAAUGACGCUUUCAAGCACAUCACUGACAAUGGUGUAAACAGUGAGAGUGAGGAUAGCAAUGAUGAAGAGGAAAUUCAUGAAGCAGAUGACUUGACUGAAAAUGCCAUAGAGGAAGAUAUGGAGACUGUGCCAGUAUCCACACUGGGUGCUGUACAGGGCUGUAGUGUCAGAUCUAAUCCGGAUAAGGUGACAGAGCCCAAGAAAAGUGGCAAUAACCGGCCCAAGACUGGAGAAGUAGUGAAGCUUACAGAACAUCAGCACAGGCUACUUAAAACUUUGUUCAAAACAAAUAUAGCAAUGAGAAGGGAACUACAGAAAGAUGAGUGUGAAAAGGUUUCUAGGAAACAUGACGCUCUUCAGAACCUCACCUGGAAAAAAAUUAAGAACACUGUCCAUAAUUGGAUAAUGGCUGAGAAACGGAAAACAAAAAGAUAUUAACAUUCAGAAUGUAAGGCUAAUUUACUGAAAUGGAUCGUCAUUAUGUGACUGAAUUACUGUAAAGGAUAAGCACUAUUAGACUAAUUGUUAAUCAUUAUGUGAUUGAAUUGUUGUAAAGAAUGAGAACUGUAAGGCUAAUUAUCCCCCGCCAUAGGCGGAGGGAUAUUGUUUUGGCGUUGUCCGUCCGUCUGUCCGUCCGGCACUGUUGUGUCCGGAGCCAUACUUUGGAAGUGCUUUGGCGGAUUUCAUUGAAACUUGGUAUGAGUGUAUAUAUGGAUAAGAGGAUGAUGCACGCCAAAUGGCAUUGUACACCAUCUGUUAAUAACGGAGUUAUGGCCCUUUGUAUCUUGAAAAAAUGCUUUUUAAUAUAAGCUUAGAGAUUUAUUUCCAUUAACACAUGAGCCAGAGCCACGAAACUUGCCAUGGCUGUUCUCAAUCAUCUGGGGGUGCUUCACAUUCAACACCCAUAAUCCUAGGGGCUAAAGUCAAGGUCACACAUUGAGGUCAAAGGUCACAAAUUUGAUGAAUUCUUCAUUAUUUAGUUAUUCCUUUACUAUGCAUCAAGGUAUUCACAUCAAGGGUCAAGGUUACACAAAUGCUUCAUGUAAGGUUGUACGCUAAACCCCUAAACUGACCAGCAUUUUUCCCAUAAUUAUGUAUACAUCUUUGUACUUAAAAUUACAGGUUAGAGAUUUUGUGCUCCAUCAAGGGAGAGCAUAUAGUCGCUAACUUGUCUGUCCUUCCUUCUCUCAUAAUUAUAUUCCGCCAAAGGCGGAGGGAUAUCAAAUUGGUGUUGUCCAUCCGUCCAUCUGUCAGUAUGUUCAUCCGUCUGAUUUGCACCCAUCCUUGAACAAAAUGUAUGUGGCGGGGGAUAUCAUUUCAACAAAUUUGCUUGUUGAUCAUCAUUUUAAGAUUGAUCAUCUGUAAAGGAUAAACAUUGUAAGGCUAAUUGAUCAUCAUUAUGUGAUCGUCAUUGAUUAUAUGUACAGUGAUUGAAUUACUGCAGAGUGUGAGCAAUGUUAAGCUAAUUGAUCAUCAAUGAGUACUGUGAGGCUACUUUUAAUCCUCAUUAUGUGACUGAAUUACUGCAGAGGACAGGCACUUUUAUGCUAAUUGAUCGUCAUUGAUUAUAUGUACAGUGAUUGAAUUACUGCAGAGUAUGACCACUAUUGGGCUAAUUGGCCAUCAUUAUAUAAUUGUCGUGUAAUUGGAUUGCUGUAGAGAAUGAGCACUGUUAAGGUGAUUGACCAUCAAUAUAUGGCAAAAAUACUAUAGAGAAACAACACUGUCUGGAUAAUUAAUCAUCAUUUAAUGAAAGAAAUACUGUAAAUACUUAUAAAACAGUUCAGUAUGAGCUUAUUUCAUGUAGUAGUAAUUCCUUUUUAGGUGUUCUUUUGUUAUUUCAAACAAGGUUUAACAAUGUUCUAGUUAUUAUUUGAGUAACUUGUUUUUAUUGUUUAAGCAAUUCUGAAAUAGUUUAUUAUAUUUUUAUGUCCCCCACUAUAGUAGUGGGGACAUAUUGUUUUUGCCCUGUCUGUUGGUCUGUUGGUCCGUUUGUCUGUUGGUCUGUCUGUUUGCGCCAACUUUAACAUUUUGCAAUAACUUUUGCUAUAUUUAAGAUAGCAACUUCAUAUUUGGCAUGCAUGUGUAUCUCAUGAAGCUGCACAUUUUGAUUGGUGAAAGGUCAAGGUCAUCCUUCAAGGUCAGAGGUCAAAUAUAUGUGGCCAAAAUCGCUCAUUUUAUGAAUACUUUUGCAAUAUUGAAGAUAGCAACUUGAUAUUUGGCAUGCAUGUGUAUCUCAUGGAGCUGCACAUUUUGAGUGGUAAAAGGUCAAGGUCAUCCUUCAAGGUCAGAGGUCAGAUAUAUGUGGCCCAAAACGCUUAUUUUAUAAAUACUUUUGCAAUAUUGAAGAUUGCAACUUGAUAUUUGGCAUGCAUGUGCAUCUCAUGGAGCUGCACAUUUUGAGUGGUGAAAGGUCAAGGUCAUCCUUCAAGGUCAGAGGUCAAAUAUAUGUGGCCCAAAUCGCUUAUUUUAUGAAUACUUUUGCAAUAUUGAAGAUAGCAACUUGAUAUUUGGCAUGCAUGUGUAUCUCAUGGAGCUGCACAUUUUGAGUGGUGAAAGGUCAAGGUCAUCCUUCACAAGGUCAAGGUCAUCCUACAAGGUCAAACAUCAUAUAGGGGGACAUUGUGUUUCACAAACACAUCUUGUUAUUUCAAAAGAUAAAUCUAGACAGAUCAUGUUUAUUAUAUAUGUUUAUUAGCUCACCUGAUAUUAUAUAUCAUACAAUUAACACUUUAGAAUUUUUGCUCAUGCCUUUUUGCCUUCGGUAUUUUAUAUUUCUGAGCAAUUCUGAUACUAAAACUUUGUUGGUUUCCUAAAAUGUGCUCAUUAGGGUGUUUAUAUCCCUUUGGCAAACAUUUGAGCUUGAAAAUGUUCGAAUUUAAAUAACUUCUUUAUUACCGAUAGGAAUUGAUCUCUCGUAAGGGAUUUAUUGAAUGACUGCACUGAUAUAAAUAUUGCCAUAACCAUUAUCGAAUAAUCUUGGAUAUAACACUGAGAAACUUGUGGCUGCAUGUUUACUUGAAUGAAUGCUGUGGUGUCUUUAGGUCUUUUAUGUAGUACCACAUGUUGUUUGAUGGAUUCAAUGCCAGAGUUCAAAACAGAUUUUCUACUUAUAUUUUCUCAGUUUAUUAUUGACCUCCUGUAAGGGACCUUUCUCCAUGACUGCGCUCAUAUAAAUACUGCCAAGCUCCAGCAGGAGGGGUGUUUUUGACUCCUGGUGUUGCGUUACUUUGUAAAAAUUUUGGCCCAAUCUUAAUGAAACUUGGUCAUAAUGUUACUAUUGAUGAGUUCCACAUUGGGUUGUUUUGAGAAAAAAUUAGGUCACUGGGUCAAUUUAUAGAAAGACCUUGUUAACACUCGAAAAGUUCUCAAUUUGGUCCCAAUCUUGCUGAAACUUGGUCAUAAUGUUACCCUCUAAAAUCUUAGACAAGGUUGUUAUUGGAUUGUCCAGACUCAAAAACUAGGUGUUACUUGCUUGAAGACAAGAAUUUGGGGAGUAAUGGUCCCUUUACACUUAGAAAUACAUGUAUCAUGAUUUUCGAUAAAAAAAUUCAUUUCAGUCCAGGUUUUCUUGUUAACCAUGCACACUAUUGGGAAUAGUUGUUUACCAUCAUGGCCUUCACCUUUUACUGACAAGCUCUCUUUCUACUGACAAGCACUUCGAAUAGUUGAGGGCGAUGAGACAGUUCUUAUUGCAUAAUUAUUAAUAUGCAAGUAAGCUAUAGAAAAACAGCUAUAGUUUAUUUAGUUCCUCAUGUUUAAAUACUUCCUUACAAAUAGUUUAUUAAUUUUUGUUCCUCGUGUUAAAAUACUUCCUUAUAAUAAAAGUUACGAAUUCUUGA